AUGCACACCAUGGCCGACUUAGCGGCGGGAGAAGAGGCGUCUCAAGAGAGUAUGUGUUCAGAAAAGGAUGCUGUUCUGCAGCGACAUAAACAGGAGCUGAAGGACUUAAGGGCUAAAAUCCUGUCCAUGAAGAAAGCAGUGCCAAAGGGCGACAAGAAGAGAAAGAAGGAGGUGGCGGCAGAGACGGGUCGACUGGAACAAGAGCUGCAGGAGAGGCACGAGCAGGAGCUCCAGUCUGCGGAAACCAACGGUGUGUCUGUUGCAGCUGGACCCAGUGAGAGGGUGGGGGAGUGGGGAGUGGGAGGGAGGGGUAGAGAAGAUGAAGAGGGGUGGAAGACAGUCAGCGAUGAAGAUAAACCGAUUAAGAAAUCCCGUGCACAGAGAAGAAAGGAGAAGAAGGCCCAGCAGGAGCUGGAGAGGCAGCGGGCGAGGGAAGAGGAGGAGAGGGAGAUGGCCCUGGUCGACAACCCUCGACUGAGGGAGAGGGGGAACCUGGAAUCUCUCCUGGGGAGACUCCAACUCUCCAUCAUUGAUAUCCCCCCUGAUGGGAACUGUCUGUACACAGCCAUCAAAGAUCAGCUGCAGAGAAGACUCAAAAUUGAGAGUUCUGUGGCUCGUCUGAGGUCAGAGUGUGCAGAGUAUGUCAGGACUCACUCUGACGACUUUCUCCCAUUCACAACUGACCCAAAAACUGGCAACCUCUUCACCAGUGAGCAAUUUGCCCAGUACUGCUCCGAUAUCGAGAACACAGCUACAUGGGGUGGCCAGCUCGAGGUAAGCAAGGAUAAACAUCUGGGACUGACUGCAGCAUUACGAUGGGUCUCACAGUUGUUAUGCUACUCUUGUGUUUGUUCUCUGUGGGCAGAUACGGGCACUGUCACAUGUCUAUCAGGUGACCGUCACGGUGUACCAGGCAGAGUCUCCACCCAUCGUGGUCGGAGAGGAGUACAGCCAAUCCCCCGAGUCACUCACUCUCUCCCCCACCCUCUUUUCGCGCGAGAGAAGAAAGUCGUCAGCAUGCCGCUACCUCGGAGCCUGCCGCAGUCGGCCAGGAGCGGAGGAGGAGAGAGGCGAGGCACGGCUACACGCGUCCUAGCCGGCCGCUACAAGGUGGAGCAGCGAAUGGGCAGCGGCGCGUUCGGCACGGCCUACCUCGUCGCGGACCUGCAGUCGGGAAAUGAAAGGAAGGUACUGAAGCAGAUCGAAGUAGGUGACCUGUUGCCUGAUGAGACAGUUGGUGCCGUGAAAGAGGCUCAACUCUUGGCAAAACUGGAUCAUCCUUCGAUAGUGCGGUUCCACGACAGUUUCCUUGAGAAAGACUUGUUCUGUAUUGUCACUGAGCUGUGUGAGGGUGGUGAUCUGGACCAGAAGAUUAAUCAGUGGAGAGAGAGUGGGCGGAGUUUCGAGGAGACUCUGAUCACCGAUUGGUUCAUUCAACUGACGGCUGCCAUCAUGUACAUACACGAGAGGCGGAUCCUCCACAGGGACAUCAAAACCAGGCAAAUACAGAGGGAAUUUAUUCUCGAAACAUCGUUUCGUAAAAUGGCACAACCCUUCCUAAAAUCUUUAAGAAUUCACACACAAGGGAACAUAUUCCUGAGGAGGAACCUGAUAAAGUUGGGUGAUUUCGGAAUCUCUCGUCUCCUGCUGGGAACCACGGAGAUGGCGAGCACGUUCACGGGGACACCGCACUACAUGUCACUGGGAGUGGUUCUAUUUGAGAUGUGUACCCUCCACCGCGCCUUCCCGGGCUCCAAUCUCAUGGCCGUCAUGUACAGCAUCGUGGAGGGACAGUGCCCCAACCUCCCCGACAAAUUCAGCCCUGACCUGAAAAACCUGUGUGACAGGAUGCUCGAAAAGGACCCUCGGAAACGACCCUCGGCUCACGCUGUUCUCCAGGAACCCUUUCUUCAGCAACGAAUGGCGAGUCUUCGUGAGAGGAUGGCUGUACAGCUAACACCUGAAGUUUCAAAAUCAUCGUCGUCUUCCUCUUCGUCGCGAGUUGAGGCCAGGGCCAUUGCAAACGCACUGACACCAGUAAAGAAAAAGAGCUUGCAAGCUACCCAAGGCACCGAUCCCCCACUCACUCCACGACAGCGGCUGGCUCUGAGGAAACAGGAGAUGGCGGACCGCGAGGCAGUGGAGAGACGGAGACUGGCGGCCGAGAACUUCUCCGAGGGAAGGAAAGAGAUUCAGCGAACACAAGAAGAAACAGAAUGCUACAGUUCCACCGAUCAACAAACUACUCCCAAUGCCAGGGUCGUCCCUCCCUGGGUGGCCGAACACCCAGAUGUGUUCAGUGAUCCAAACUUCUCUCUAACUCAACUGGACAGCAAAGACUGCUACCUCACUGGAUCUUGGAAACAACAACAACAACAACAACAGGAAGACCAAAGGGAGACAAAACAUCAAGAUCUACAAGAAGAACAGCAACAAAAAGAAGAGCAACAAAGGGAAACGCAAGAAAUGGAGAAGGAACAAAAUCGAAAAGAAGCAGAAAGCGAGGAAGAGGGAGAGAGAACGUGGGACAGCGAUGGAGCAGAAAUCCCAGACGACCCGUCUCUAGCAGAGUCACACUACUCUCAGUUUGAAGAUGACUUUGAGGAGCUCUCAAGCUCAGAGGAGGAGUAUGAGGCACUGAUGGAGUGUAUUGAGGACGCUCUGGAUCUCCCUAAUCACCCAGUUCCAGAGUCACCUCCUCUCUCACCGCGAGAUCACGACGACCUUUGUCCUUUCUCGUCCUCAGCCAGGGAGAAGAAGAUUGAACUUCUCAGAUUACAAUGCAUAGCCAUAUAUGGAGAGGAGUUGUUUGGGCGUAUCCACGGUCACCUGAAGGAGGCGCGGUCUCGUUCUGUGCCCCAUGAGGACGAGGCAGGAGUGGUGGCAGGACUGAGGGCCCUGACAACUAACACAAGAGACUGUUUCCUAGUUGACCAACUGGUCUUCCUGGAAAAAUAGGUCUAGAACCUGUUUUCCUUCUGACAUUAUCAAAAAUACUCUUCUUUAGUAAAAAAAGUGCAAAAAUGUUGGCGUGAAAAUGGGUAAUGAACGUGUGCUCAGACCAAUGUAAUUUUGGUGCGUAAAAAAUAAAAAAUAUGUCACGCUGUAGUUCACAUUGUAGUUUCAGGUUCUACCAGUGGUCCAGUUCGUUGUCUUGUUGCUGUCCUCCCAAAGCACCUUCGCUGUAGACAUUGUUGGUGAGUUGUUGAUACGAAGACUCCACGUACGACAGUCUCCGCUGGAUACUGGUUCCAUUCUGCUGCCUUCGGCCGCGUCUCCGUUCCAUUCCAGGAGCCGGGGUCAGAGUCCAAGUCGGUCAUGGUCCGGUUCAGCUGUGCCAGGUACCCCUCCAUCGUCCCUUCUGCUGCCACGCCCCCUUCCAGAUCUCGUUUAGUGAUGUUUCCCCUCAACCCCCUCUCAUGCCUGUCCCUCCUCCCUCCCCUCUCAUCUCGCUGGAGACUCCCCCCGAAACCCGCCUCCUCCACAAUCCUCUGCCGCCCGAUCACACCCUUGCCACGCCCACCUGCCACACCCACCGCAGUGGGCGUGGUCUCUGCACCCUGUGACGACAGCUGGGGUGUGUUUGCAGGGAUCAUGGGUGCACUCUGUGUGACUUCGAAGGAAUCUCGAUAUUGUUCGUAGUCGAUGGCCUGGGAAGGUGGGAUGGGCGGGGAGGAGUCUCCGCCCUUUGAGCGAGAGCCAGCUGCGUCUCGCGGAAUGGUCUGGGCGGGGUACCCGGGGUUCGAGGGCGGAGAAUGCGGGGAGUUCACCCUCGUCAUUUUCUUCACCCCCGACUUUCUCUCCCCUGCUCCAAUGUCUCCCUGUUCAGCAUGACUCUGCCGCUGGUUACGUGUGUGGGCGGAGGGAGGUUUGUGAGGGUGGUGAGGGGUGUGGCUUGCUGUGGGGAGGGGGUGAGGAGUAGACGAGAGAAUGUCGUCGAUGUUGGUGCUCUUCAUCUCUGGAGCGAAGGGGGAAGUGGGAGGAGACGAUACGGCUCUCAGGAUCAUCUGAUCAAUGUCCUCAUUGGCCACCACUGGA